AGGAGGGAGCGAGAGUCAAAGAGGCAGAUUCAGUAAACAGAACCCAGACAGAAAGCGAUGCGAGUAGCUAACAGAAACCGAACGCUGUCUCUGUGCCAGGAAGAGAAAACAAGUAAGAUAGAUACAAACACGAUAUUUUCCCACCGUUAAAUAAAAGGCUGCUGUGAAUCGGAUGGGACGUGUGACGUCUAAACUCUGGGGUAACGUAGGCUACGGACGCUAGAGAAAACACAGGCUUAGCUAGCUAGCAAGAUAGCUAAAUGGAUAGCAGACGAACUCCGCCGGGCGCGGCCAGCAAUGUAGUGAUUUUAUCGGACAAUUUAAGUGCUUUUCGUGUACGGUGAAAGGGAGACCAAAGUGGACGCUCCGGGGACGGCGAAGCUGGGAGAAGCAUGGCCUUACGGUACACUUUUCGUCUCGUGUCUAUAAGAACAACGAGGACACUUUUAACAUUUGGUUGUCUCUUCUUGGUAACAAGAGGAGUCGACUGGAAGAUGGCAACAGCAGACAGCUCGCUGUCAUAUAACGGCAACAUGACGACCGGAGGCGACAGGCAGUACAUAAACAUCGGCGACGGAUCCUCGCAGGAAUUUGAAUUUCCAGAAAACACCAAGGGGGUCAUCAUAGUCUCGAGUCAUUACCGGAGCGCUGCGGGCAGGGAUUCCGACGACAGUGAGAGCUGGAGGCAGACCCUGACCGUGCGUUCCCUGGACCCGGAGGUCCUGUCCAUCCUUAACGUGAGCGACGGUGGGCGCCAGGGCCCGUCCACCAGGAUCUACGUUAUCGGCAUCAGUUCUGGCAUGGCGGGAAGAGCGCGGCUUCUCAUCCAGCUCCUGGACCUGGACCGCGACUCCCAGCCAGCUCUGGUGGAGGAGAGGUCCGACUUCUCCGUCAGGGUUUCCCCCGGCGCCGACGACCAAGCCGCCCAGCCGGUCCAGUCCAGCGGACUGUCGCACUUUACGGAAAACCCCGUCCUGUUCGCCUUGCUGCCACUCAUCUUCAUCAACAAGUGUGCCUUCGGCUGCAAGGUGGACGUUGAGGUUCUCCGGUCACUGGGGCGUCGGCCGGCGCCCGUGCUUCUGGGCGUGGCCGGGCAGUUCUUGGUAAUGCCUGUGUAUGGCUACUUCCUGUCCUGGCUGGUCUCCCUGCCCAAACCGCUGGCAUUGGGGCUCAUCAUCACCUGCUCUGCCCCCGGGGGAGGGGGCGGCUACCUCUACAGCCUGCUACUGGGAGGCGACGUCACCCUCGCCAUCUCCAUGACGCUGGUCUCCACGGUGGUGGCCGUGGUGACGAUGCCCCUCUCCUCGGCCCUGUACGGGCGUCUGCUGGGCGUCCACGCCGCCCUCCACGUGCCGUUCAUCAAGGUUCUGGGCACCCUCCUCUUCAUCGCCAUCCCCAUCUCGCUGGGCGUGGCGGUGAAGCUGCGUCUGCCCGCGCUCACGCGCGCCCUCCUGGCGCUGAUCCGCCCCUUCAGCUUUGUGCUAAUCGUGGGCGGGGUCUUCGUGGCCUACCAGAUGGGGGCGUCCAUCUUGGCUCACGUGCGGCCGCGGAUAGUGGCGGCGGGGGCGUCGGUGCCGGUCUUCGGGCUGCUGCUGGGCUACGCGGCGGCGAGGGGAGCGGGGCUGGCCGUGCCUCAGAGCAGGACGGUGGCCAUCGAGGUGGGGGUGCAGAACAGCCUCCUGGCGCUGGCCGUCAUGCAGCUGUCGUUCCGCCGGGCCGAGGCCGACUUCGCCUCGCAGGCGCCCUUCAUCGUGGCGCUCAGCAGCACCUCCGAGAUGCUGCUCCUCGUCCUCGCCCACCUCGCCCACCGGAGGCUCGCCAGCGCCCCGCUGACAGACACCUGACUCCGCCCCCCGGCCCUGACGGACACCUGACUCCGCCCCCCGGCCCUGACGGACACCUGGGCAAACAAACGCACACUGCUCAGAACUGUGACAAUUAUUAUUCUUUUUUUUUUUUUGUGAAACCAAAGGCCUUUUUCUCCUUUUCUGAGUCCCGAGUUUUCAUUAAUACUGAAUUGUGUCCUGUGUUGUGUACACACAAGGAGAGAAAUGCUCAUAAAUUGCUGAUAUUUUUCUACCAGACUUGCUUUUUCUAAAUGAAAAUGAUUCCUAUUUGUGUCCUGUUUACAGUGCUCUGUGUGUCCCACGAGUGGGGCUGGCAAGUGCCGUUGGAUGUUUCUGGACUGAAAGGAUUAUCUGUAUACUUGAAUAAUGACAAAAGAGAUUAAAAUAAAAAAAGACGCGUGGGACAAUUAGACUGGAACACUGUGUCGAUCAAGGGAAACUAAAGCACAAUGAGUUAGCAUUGCCUCUGUCAGAAAGACGCUGAGGGUAUUUGUCUUACCACGUUCAGUAUGGUAAUCUGCCCACUGCGAUCGCCAUCGUUUGUAACUUGCGAUUCAGAAUGCAAGGCGAAUCUUUGAGCAAAAAGGAAAGCGUUAUGCUGCGGUGUUUUGGGUGUGUGUCUAAACUGGUUAGGAUAAAAUAAUAUCCCAGCUAUCACGAAACGUUCUCACAUUGUUGCUGCAGUGUUAUAACAUUGACAGAACAUUCCUGUAACAUUGUGAUAAUGUUUUGGGUGCUUUAAUUGUAUUCUAAACUGGUUAGGAUAAAGUAAUAUCCCAGCUAUCACGAAACGUUCUCACAUUGUUGCUGCAGUGUUAUAACAUUGACAGAACAUUCCCGUAACAUUGUGAGAAUGUUUUGGGUGCUUUAAUUGUAUUCUAAACUGGUUAGGAUGAAAUAAUAUCCCAGCUAUCACGAAACGUUCUCACAAUGUUGCUGCAAUGUCAUAACAUUGACAUAACAUUUCUGUAACAUUCUGAGAACGUUUUGGGUGCUUUAAUUGUAUUCUAAAAUGGUUAGGAUGGAAUAAUAUCCCAGCUGUCACGAAACGUUCUCAUAAUGUUGCUGCAAUGUAGUUGCAAUGCUAUAACACUGACAGAUCAUUCCCGUAACAUUGUGAGAACAUUUUGUGCUAGCCGGGGCUACUUGGUGUAUUUGGGUAUUGACCAAAUUUCACACUUUCUCCAGUAUUUUGGUACCUCAUUUCUCCAUUUCUAAUUGAAAAAAAUGAAAUAAAAACAUGAACUAGAUCACAGACGAUGCUCUUGGAAUCGUAGCAUGAACUGUUUCUUUUUUGCACUUUUUUUCUUCUCAGCAAAUCUAUGCUCUAAAAAAAGAUAAGAGAAACUUCCUGUUCAAAUUCCGAAGUCCCACUUCAGUUGCAUAAUGUAGGGAAUGCACAGUAUGCUCCUAUGAAGUGCAGUUUCAUAACAUCACAAUUCUGUACACGUGCUGGAGGGUAGAAACACUGUCCCAAAGGGUUUGUGCUUGUGCCUUUGUGUAUGUGAGAAAAAAGUGUGGUGUUUGUGUGUGUUGAAAGUGGGAAAGUGGUGUGUAUGUUGAAGAGCGGGCAUGAUGUGUGUGUGUGUAUGUGUGUUCAAAGUGGGAGAGUGCUGUGUAUGUUGCAGAGAGUGUGGUGUAGGUGUAUGUGUCUGUAUGUGUGUGUGUGUGUGUGUGUGUGUGUAUGUGUGUGUAAGUGGGAGAGUGCUGGGUAUGUUGAAGAGAGCGUGGUGUGGGUGCAUGUACAGUACUGUGCCAAAGUCUUAGGCACCUGUAUAACACUCUGUACACAUAAGAUAAUUCAAUGAAAGGUCCUAAAUAAACGUACUAUACAUUUCACAUUACAUUUUUGUAAUUUGGCAGAAUAGCUCAAAACUGAAUUAAAUUAAUAUAAUACCACCCUUCAGCGUUAAAACUAUCACUUCUCUGAGAUAGCCAACCCUGUCCUGCAGUUCUUCUGCAGACUUUGGUUGGCUCCUUGCUUCUGAUCUCAGACAGACUUCAACAAGUUGUAAAAAUGUAAAAAUUAGUCAAUUGCUUACAGUAAUAUGUUACUUUUUAUACUAAAAUGUCUCUAAAAUUAAAGAGUUUGGAAAAUGAA